UUUGAUGCUUUUUUUACUACUACUUAGCACUAGCUAUAGUGCUUAUGAUUAUUAUAAGUUGGCCCAACAAUGGCCAACAACCUAUUGUACCCAUCAAACCAAAAAGAUGCCAUGCAAACCCAAUGUACCCAUCAAAUUCACCCUUCAUGGAUUAUGGCCUUCCAAUCAUAGUGGAUUUGAACCAUCUUUUUGCUCCCAAACUAAACUAAAUACUGGUUUAAUUGUUGGGGAUUUGAAGACUCGUCUUAUAGCCGAAUGGCCAAAUUUAAACGGAGUUGAUGAUCACUUUUGGAGCUAUGAAUGGGAUAAACAUGGCACAUGUUCAUCCAUGCCACAUAACCCAUUAGGAUAUCUAUCACUUGCAUUGACGAUAAAAAAUAAGCAUGAAAUAUUACCUAUUUUUGCAAGAGCCAACAUUGUUCCUCAUCCAAACAAAACUUAUACGAGAUCUUUGAUUAACAGUACAAUAUUUGGAGCAAUUCAUGUAAUACCGCAACUUUCUUGUGUGUUCGAUGCAAAGAGAAAUUCGUAUCUCUUAGAAAUAAGACUUUGUUUGGACCAAACUGGAGCUACUUUCAUCAAUUGUAAUCCUUACAAUAAUUGUGGCAACAACAUAAUUUUGCCACUGUGAUAUAUGUUAUGUAAUGCUUGUAUCAAAAUAAUAA